AUGUCUAAAGUCUUAAGAAAGCAAAGACUAAUUAGAGCCCAUCAUAGGCCCAAUAAGAUGUACAAAAAAGGAGCAGCUCUCUUCCCUAAAACUGGAGGUUCAAAACCAGAGAUAAGAGAAGGUCUUAUUACUGAUAUCGUACACGAACAAGGUAGAAAUGCACCUUUAGCCAUGGUUACAAUGAUGGAUACGCCAGAAGGCGAUAAGAAAGAAAGAGUUGUGAUUGUAGCAACUGAAGGAAUGCAUACUGGCAAGAGUAUUUUCUUUGGAGAGAAUCCUCCUAUGGAGUUAGGGAAUACUUUAAAGCUUAAGUACGUUCCAGAUGGUACUAUUAUGUGCUCAGUAGAGAAGAAGCCAGGAGAUGGAGGUAGUAUUGCUAAGACUAGUGGAUCUUAUGUUUCAGUAGUAGGAUAUACUCCAGAGAAGAACGAAGUCAGAAUUAAGCUGCCAAGUGGAACUAAGAAGGUUAUUAGUGGUGAUUGUCGGGGUACAGUUGGGAUUAUUGCUUCUGGUGGAGUGCAUGAGAAGCCAUUACUGAAGGCAUCUCGGGCAUACUUUAAGUAUAAGGCUAGAGGUCAGUUAGGUGCUUGGCCUAGAGUAAGAGGUGUAGCCAUGAACCCGGUUGAUCACAUGCACGGUGGAGGUAACCAUCAGCAUAUUGGUCGGUCAUCUUGUGUGUCGCGUUUGGCGCCUUCCGGACAGAAGGUGGGACAAAUUGCAGCACGACGUACGGGUAUUGGUCGGGCAAAGACCAAGCGGUUUGAAUAA